UUUAUAUACAAAUUUUUAUUAACGUCUUAUACUUUUUAAAAAUCACACAUAAAUCAAUAUUAUUACUUUAGAGUACAGUAAAUAGCAACAAUAAUUAUAUCUUUUAAAUAAUUUUAUUUUAUAUUUUAAAUAUUUAUUUUAAAAAGAUAUUUAAAAAAAAAAAAAACACACACAAAAAAUUCAAUAUUAUUUUUUAAAAUAUCAUUAUGCUCAAAAACCAAGGAGAAAUAAAAGUAACAUUAUCAUUAAAUAACAACAUUAAUAAUAUAUUAUUUAUAAUAGUAUCAUUUCUCCAACAAAUAAUUUAUACAACAGCAAUACACAAAGAAAUUUUUAAAAAUUUAAAUUCAGUUUAUUGGGGUUAUUUUAGUUCAAUUGGAUAAAUACUUAUUAUAAUAGUAACAAUAGCAAUAAUAAUAAUAGUAAUAGUAGUAUUUUUAAAAUAAAUAUUAAAAACUAAUAUCAACACAACAACUAAAUCAAUCAAGAAAGAAAAAUGAGAGCAGCAUUAGAAGAAUACAAUUCAAAGUUUUCAGACGAUACAACACCAGUAACACCAAGUAGUUCAUUUGUAGAUACAAGCACAUUGGCACCAAGAAGAAGAGGAGCAACAGUCCAUGGAGCUAGAGAAUAUCAUGUCCCAUCUGAUUUAAGAACAGGUAUCAGUAAUAAUCCAUAUAAUGGCGUUGGCAAUAAUUCGUCAUCAACAGCAAUUACAUCGGGUACAGUCGCACCAUCAUCAUCAAUGACUAAUCACCAAAAAGAAGAUGACUCAUAUACCUCAUUAAAGAUGCGUUACCUCAGAUCAUUAAAUAUAAGUAUUCAACAAGCACCACCAGCUAAAGAUAACAAUAUAUCAGCAUCAGCACCAAUACCUAUUCCAAUAGCGUUAUCAAUGGGCAGAGGCGAUUUGGAUUCAGACUCUGAUAUUUCAGAUAAGGAAGAUGAAGAUACUGAGGGUAGUUCAUAUGAUAAUAAUAGUAAUAGUAAUAAUAACAAUAAAACAUCAACUAGUUUUCGAAAUACAGUUGCAAACUCCUAUCUUAGUAGUAAUCAAUUUAAAAACAAUUUAAAUACUUUUGUAGAUACAGAUUUAACAAACAAUAAAAAUAUAAACAAUACAGAUAAUAAUGAUAAUGGUAAAGCUGGUGGUAUUAAUGGUAUAAAUACUUUAAGUAGUCAAUUUAAUAACAAUAAUACAAUCGAAAUUUCAAAAAUAAAUAUAAACAAGCAAAGUGUUAAUAAUAGUAAUAGUAGCUCAAAUAAUAAUAAAAAUAAAGCAAUUAUAGGCUUUAAUGUAAAUGAUAAAAAUGACAAUAGUAAUGGUUUUUCAAGUUCACCAAAUGAUGACAAUGGUUUAAAUGCUCCAAGAAAAGAUUCAAAAGGAAAAGGAAAGCACAAAUUUAUACCUCCACAUGAAUUACUUGGCACAAAUGGUGAUGAAUCUUUAAUUACAAAUCAUUCAAUUCCUGGCACAAGAAAGGUGUUUGCUGAAUAAAAAAAAAAAAUUCAAAAAAAUCGAAAAAAAAAAAUUCAAAAAAAAAAAAAAAAAAAAAAAAUUAUUUAUCUUCAAAAAUAAAUUAUAAUAACUUUAUUUAUCUAAUUUUAUUGAUCUU